AUGGCCUCGAUCAUCGUCUCGCCGCAACAGCGGCUUUGGCUGCGGAUAGGAGGGACAGUCUUGGGCUUGCUCUUCUUCAAGUGGAUCUUCUGGGACUCGACGCCCAAAACGCCACACGGCGAGAUCGCUCACCCCGCCAUCCUCGAGCGCAUCACCCUCGGCAGCCCCCUCUCCGGCCAAUCCCUCGACACCCGCAAAUACUCCUUCCUCCAGUCUCGCAUCAACCGCGACGAGACGCACGAUGUCUUCGAUAACGACAUUCACGCCGGCAUGCAGGACUUCUGGACGCGCUUCCAGAAGCCCUUCAUGACCGGACCCGAGACGAUGCAUCUCGACGAGAACGUCGUUCGCGGCGCGAUUGACGAGUUGCUCGGGUUCAACGGAUGGGCAGCGGCGGCGUGCUCGAGUUUGACGAGGCCUUUCGGCCUGGGGAAGAAGGAGGACGACUACAGCGACCUCGCCCGGCCAGGAGCGCUGUACUACUUCGCUUUGGUCGUGCACGGCGCCGACCACUUCCUCAUCGACCAGCUCGCCGUCAUCGUUCAGCUGGCGAAACGACUGGGCCCGCAGUCUGUCUUCGUCUCGCUCGUCGACUACGCCUCGGUCGAUUCGACGCCCUUCCUCUGCGACCUCGCCGAAGCCGUCAUGACCCUCCUCGGCAUCUCCUUCCGUAUUCGCCAGGUUCCGCCCAUGACGGCCGACCCGACCGCGUCGUACUACCCUCUCGAGGAGUCGUACACGCGCAACCUCGCCCUCGAGCCGCUGCUCGAGCUGUGGGAGCGUCGCAAGGUCAAGUUCGAGCGCGUCAUCUGGCUCAAGGGCUUUACCUGCCCGAACGACAUCCUCGAGACGAUCCGCGUGUCGUACAUCAACCAGGCGUCGAUGGUGUGCUCGAUGGACUGGAAGGAGCACAACGGCUUCUUCAUCUACAACGACCGGUGGCGCACGCGCGACAUGGACGGCAACCUAUUCCGCGGCUCCAAGUCGACGUCGCCCAUCGACGAGGCUCCUCCACGCGACGCGUACGGCGGCGCCCGGUACACCCUCCACCUCCCCUUCCAAGUCUUCUGCUGCGAAUCCGGCACGCACAUCGUCGACCCGCACAAGUCGUACUACUGGGGCAUCACGUACCACUCGUCUGUCGAAUCAGUGUUCAACACGACCGCCGCGUCGGACGGCAAGGCGCCUCGAUGGUCUGAGGGGCCGUGCAUGGACUCGGCCCAGCUCCACUUCUGCCGCGACAUGUGGCUCGCGUCGUUCCGCGAGGGCAUCAAGGACGAGGCGAAGCGUCUGUCGGCCGACGAGCGGAUGGGCAAGCCGCGCAAGGUCCACCCCUUCAUGGACGAGUUGAUCCAGUCGAUGCUUGCGUCUUACGAGCCGACGACAAGCACAAAGGUCGGCUUCCCCAAUUCGGGCGACUACCUCGCGGACGAGACGGGCGCGGGACCGGGCGGAGGACCGGGGAUGGACAACGACAUCGGCCGGGCGCUCGAGGGCCAGCUCAAGGGUGCUACGGCUAAGGGCGCAGCAGGCGCUACGGAGGGCGAGGCUAGCGAAGAGGAGGAGGAAGAGUACGACGAGGAGGAGGAGGGAGAAGAGGAGGAAGAGCCUGCCGCUGCUGCUGCUGGUGGAGCCGGCGCUGCGCCCGCUGAGAACGUCGACGGCAAGGGCCGACCGAUCGACUUGGCUGUCAACAUCGAUGACGAGGGAGCGCAAGACGCCGCGCAGGUCGCCAAGGGUGCUGCAGCCGUCAAGCCCGCCGCCGCCGCCGCUGCCGCCAAAGCCGCUCCCGCCGCCGACAAAGCCAAGCUCGACGCUGCCGAUGGCCCAAACAAGGCUCAGUGGGACAAGGCAAAGCCCGAGAAGGGCCCGCUUGCCGGCAAGCCCGACUCGGGACCUGCGGCGUGGCACAAGGUCGAUGCGGAUGUCCCUGCCGAUGCGGUCGACCCGGAGAAGGUAGCGGCUGGUGGAUGGUUCCGCGCGGAGCCGGAAGACCUGGCAAAGAUUGCGGCGGAGAAGAAGAAGGCUGGAGACGAUGUUCCGGGCGGACAGAAGCCGAAGGGCAAGGGUGCCGCGAAGAAGGAGGACGCGAAGAAGGGCGAUGCGGCGAAGAAGGAGGACGGUGGCAAGAAGCGCGAGAAGCGCGGCUUGUUCUCCAGCUCGAGCAAGAAGGUCGACGACGAGGAGGAGGAGGCGCCCUCGUCCGGCGAGAUCGACUCCGUUGCACGCCACCGCCUCGAGAAGCGUCGCCCUCGCUCGCUGCCCAACACGGCCUUCCCCUACGCUAUCGCCAAGAUCCUCGUCAACCCGCGGUGCGUGACGACGUACGCAGGCGUGUCGCAUACGCAGCUCGCGCUCGACUUGUUCGGGUCGGGCGAGGACCGCGAGCCGACGAAGCGCGAGGGCGGCAAGUACGAACUCGACGAGUGGCGGACUGCGCCCGAGAGCUUUGUCUGCCAGGAGAUGCGGACGACCGGAGGCCGCGUCGCUCCGAAACAGCAGAGGCGGACAGGCUUCCAGAUGGCGCGACUGCUGAUCAACGGCUGGCGGCCGACUUAG